AUGUUCUCCAAAAUCGUAGCUCUUUGCGGAUUGGUGGCGGUGUGCCAGGCUGGUCUCCUGCCCGCCCCCGUGCACUACUCCUCUGCUGCCGCUGUCUCCUCCCAGAACAUCGUGCGUCACGACCAGUCUGCCCAACACGUCGCCUACCACGCUGCUCCCGCCGUCGCCUACCACGCCGCCCCCGCUGCCGUCGCCUACCACGCCGCUCCCGCUCACUACUCUUCAGCUGCUGCUGUAUCUUCCCAAAACAUCGUGCGUCAUGACCAACCUGCCAAGCAUGUAGUCGUUGCUGCCCCAGCUGUGGCCUACCAUGCCGCUCCUGCCGUCGCCUACCACGCUGCCCCCGCUGUGGCCUACCACGCCGCUCCCGCCCCUGCCUUCGCCUACCACGCCGCUCCUGUCGUAGCCCACGCUGAAGAGUUCGACGCUCACCCCAAGUACGAGUACAACUACUCCGUAGCUGACAGCCACACCGGUGACAACAAGUCCCAGCAGGAGUCUCGCGACGGUGAUGUCGUGAAGGGCUCGUACUCCUUCCACGAAGCCGACGGCUCCGUCAGGACUGUGGAGUACUCCGCCGACGACCACAGCGGCUUCAACGCCGUGGUGCACAACUCCGCCCCCACUGCCGCUCCCGUGCAUGUUAAAGCCGCUCCCGUCUACGUGGCGCCCGCUCACUACAUCCACCACUAA